AUGGAAGCAGCAGUAGAAAAGGUUAAUUCAUUGAGGCUCAGUAAGGAUAGCAAGUACCUAGUUGCUGGAACUAGCUGGGGAUAUAGAGUUUAUACCCUCAGACCCACAAAACUUAUACUUAAGAAGGAGGUUCCUAAUGGAGUUAAGCUAGCCAUCCCUUGUCCAAAUGAAGGAAUAAUUACUUACCUUGAGGAUAAAUCAACUGAAGAGGGAAAAGAGAAAACAGGUGAAAGACUAGUCAUUUACGACCAUUCCAAUGAGGGAGAAGAAUUAUAUCAUCUGAAAUUCAGUAAAAAGGUGAUAGAUGUCAAGUAUAUUAACUUUACUCUGAUUGUAGUCCAAGAACAUAUCGUCAAGAUUAUUAAGUUUAGUGAUUUCAAGAAUCCCAAAGUUAUCGAAACUGCUGAAAAUCCUUAUGGGGCAGUAGGGAUUAAUAGAUAUCUUGAAACAGAUAAAGAUGAUGUAAAACAUUUGCAAUUAAUAGCAUGCCCUGGAACCGAAUCUGAUGCUGAUGUAUUUGUGACAGAUAUAGAAAAUGAUACUAGAUACUCAUUUUUCCCUGGAUAUGCAACCAAUAAAUAUGUAGUCACAGCUUUGGAGCUAAACUCACAAGGAAGUUUAUUAGCUGCUGCAACUACAGAAGGAAAAAGCAUUGAUAUCUUUGAUGUACAGAACAUGGCUAAGUUAUAUUCUUUGUCAAGAGGAAGGUUCCCAAAACAUAUAGAUUUUCUCUCUUUUCAGCAAUAUGAUAGAGAAUUAAUUGUAAGCGCGAUUGAUGGAGCAGUCCAUUUAUUCAGUUUAUUAACCGAAAAGGAAAUUCAAGACCAGGAGGAAGGAAGCACUAUGCUAACUGCAGCCUUUAAACUUGCUUUUACUACUACUAGCGGAGUGAAAUUUAGAGUAAAUAAUGAGCAAUCAGAGAUAGACUCCGACUCUGACAACAGAUACAUCUCUUGAAAAAUCGACUCAAACCUCUUGAUGACAAUCUCUAACUCCGGCUACCUCUUCAUCGGAAGCUACAAACUCUCCGACGAUGAGGCUAUCAUCGAGGAAACUAUUGACUACCUCUCUAAGCCUCUUUCCUCUCCUAAAAAUACCUCCUAAU